UAUGCAUGAGGAAUGUUCAAGCAUGUUCCACCAUACAUGAAGAAUCAUCAAACAAGCUCUAAAACAAGCUAGAACUAUAUAAUAAGAGGGAUACAAACAGGCAGCUACAUUUAACUUUAAAUUUCUCAGAAAAAACCCUCCCCCUGUUUCCUCAAACUCAAACACACAGCAGUAAAAGUGAAAGAAAAACGAGCACUCGACGGGAACAGGAGCUGAGUUGUACACACAGAACGGGAGGAAGAGAAACAAAAACAGACCCCAAAUUUCAUUCUCACCUUGACACAAGGUUCAAACAUGGGAUCAUCUCCAUCCAGACCUGAAUUUGUCACAGUUCUGGCUAAUAGACAAGUUUCAAAAGGACAAAAUGUUGUUCUUUCCUGUGAUGCAAGCACAGAAGAUGUAACAAAAUCAUGGGGAAAGGAUGGCGAAAAAUUGGAUUGUGUGCAGGGCAAGCAUGUUGUGAAAAACGUUGGUAAAAGGUGCAUCUUGGAAAUUUCAAAGGCUGAGGCAAGUGAUGAAGGGGAAUAUACCAUAACCUUGACCAACAAAUCAGGUUCUAUCUCAUGCUCUGCCUCUGUCAGAGUCGAAAUAAAUGAAUGGAGGGAAGUGCAAUGGAGAGAAAAAGGUAUGUUGGAUUCCCUCAAGGCAUUUCAAAUUUGUAAUGAAAUCCAAGAGCUCCGUUUCCAAUUGUAUGGACCAGUUGGAGCAGGAAAGUCCAGCAUCAUAAACACCAUCGGAUCCAUUUUUGAAGGACGUCAGUCUGUCAGCUGUUCGGUUGCUGCAGGAUCUACUAAGAGUCACACUCUAAAUUAUGAACGAUUUAGAUUUGCAAAUGGAAAAGGAUCAUUUCCUUUUGCCUUCAAUGAUGUAAUGGGUGCAGAAGCAAAACUUGGGGUCCUCACUGAAGAUAUCAUCCUUGCUUUAAAAGGGCAUAUGAAAGAGGGUUACCUGUUUAAUGAAGAAACUCCACUGUCUGAACGCAACCUUUAUUACAACCAAAAUCCCAGCCUGAGUGAUCAGAUGCACUGCCUGGUGUUUGUCGCACCAGCGGACAAGAUUUCGUUGAUGAACAAAAAUUUUAUUGGAAAACUGAAGCAUGUCAGAGAUGCAGCAAGCAGAAUGGGAAUCCCUCAAGUGGUUUUCAUGACAAGAGUUGACUGUGCAUGUCCAAUGACAAAGGAGAAUUUGAGAAACAUCUACAAAAGCAGAAAGAUCAGAGAAAAAAUGCAUGAAUGCAGUAAUGUACUGGGUGUGCCUGUGAAUUGUAUCUUCCCUGUAUUGAACUAUCACGAGGAGACCCAUAUGAAUAAGGAUAUAAACUGCCUGAUGCUGGAUGCCUUAACACAGAUUAUCAACUGGGCAAAUGAUUAUGUGGUCAGAAGGGCCAACAUCUAAAGUUCACAUCAACAACCAAUAUGUGAAUCAAGAAAUUUUAUGUAAAAUAUGAAAGCCUGCAAUGAUUUGGUGACUUGUUCAGGGUGUACCCUGCCUCUUGCCCAUAGUCAUCUGGGAUAGACUCCAGCUUGCCCAUGACCCUGCACAGGAAAAAUGGUUACGGAUAAUGGAUGGAUGGGAUGGGAUGGAAUAUGAAAAGCAUAAUGACAAUUCACCCAGUCCUUAGUCCAAAUUAAUCAGUUGAUGCAACGCAUUUAAAAAAAUGAAACUUGUUUAUACAUGAACAGUAUAUUCAUGAUACGAUCCAGGUUUUGAACAGGGCUUUAAUGAUACAAAUAUACAAUUAACAUGUAUCCUUUGUAUAUAGAUCCAAAAACCCUAGCCUGAAUAUUGAAAGUUACACUGCACUUCAUCAUGCUUCUUUAUUGAAUGAAAGGUUUUGAAUUUUUACAUGAUCAUUAUGGAAUUGAGUGCACCAGUAGCACAGAUUAAACAAUUUACAAUUCUGGUUAACGGGGACAUUUCAUAUGCAACUGUAAUAGAAUUCUACAUAUUGCUUGAAUUACUACAUGCUUAAGAUAUUUUAUGCUUAGCUCAUUUCACCUUUAACAUAUUAGGUUUCAUGAUAGUUACAUUAAUCAUGCUUUUGUUUUUAAAAAUCUGAUGUAUUAUACAAAUUAAUGGUUAAAUAUACCUAUAAAUGGGCAGCAUGGUGGUGUAGUGGUUAGCACUGUUGCC